AUGGAUCAGUGUGAGGACAGAGAGACCACUCUGUGUGGGGAACCGGACAACCAGACCAAAGCUCAGAGCCCAGAGCAGCAGCUCACACCUGACUCUGCUGGACCUGAACCUGGACCUGGACCCGAAUCUGGACCUGAACCAGAAUCCAGCUGUGUGUCCUUGAAGAGUGACCGGUCUAAGGAUUGGCCUGUGACCUUCAAAGAUGGACGUCCCUCUGUUGAUCCAAGGAGAAAGAUGGAAGAACCAGAACCCAGCUGUGUGUCCAUGAAGAGUGACUGGUUUAAGGGUUGGCCUAUAACCUUCAAAGAUGGACUUCACUCUGUUGAUCAAAGAGUGGACCAGGAGAUCUCAGAAGUUCCCAGUAGUCAGUCUAUCCAGCAGCAUCAAACACACCUGGACUCCAUAAUUAAGCUGCUGGAGGAUGACAUUGUCACAUUUGUGAAGAAUGAGCUGAAGAAGAUCCAGAAGGUUCUGAGUUUGGAUUUCCCAGAAUGCUCAGAGAGUCAGAGGGAGGGUAAGGAGGUGUUGGACACUGAGGAUGAAGAUCGGAGGAUGAGCAGCACAGAGGCAUUUCUAAAGAUCACACUGCAUUUCCUGAGGAGAAGGCAGCAGGACGAGUUGGCUGACUGUUUGCAGAGCAGAAGUCAUUCGGGAGUUUGUAAGCGUAAACUGAAAUCUAACCUAAACAAGAAGUUUCAGUGUGUGUUUGAGGGGAUUGCUAAAGCAGGAAACCCAACCCUUCUGAAUCACAUGUUCACAGAGAUCUACAUCACAAAGGGAGGGAUUGCUGAAGUCAAUGAUGAACAUGAGGUCAGACAGAUUGAAAUAGCAUCCUGUAAACUAGACAGACCAGAAACAACAAUCAGACAAGAAGACAUCUUUAAAACCCCACCUGGAAGAGAUGAACCAAUCAGAACAGUGAUGACUAAGGGAGUGGCUGGCAUCGGGAAAACAGUCUUAACACAGAAGUUCACUUUGGACUGGGCUGAAGACAAAGCCAACCAGGACAUCCAGUUCACAUUUCCAUUUACCUUCAGAGAGCUGAAUGUGCUGAAAGAGAGAAAGUUCAGCUUGGUGGAACUUGUUCAUUACUUCUUUAGUGAAACCAAAGAAGCAGGAAUCUGCAGGUUUGAAGAGUUCCAGGUUGUGUUCAUCUUUGACGGUCUGGAUGAGUGUCGACUUCCUCUGGACUUCCACAACACUGAGAUCCUGACUGAUGUUACAAAGUCCACCUCAGUGGAUGUGCUGUUGACAAACCUCAUCAGGGGGAAUCUGCUUCCCUCUGCUCGCCUCUGGAUAACCACACGACCUGCAGCAGCCAAUCAAAUCCCUCCUGAGUGUGUUGACAUGGUGACAGAGGUGAGAGGGUUCACUCAUCCACAGAAGGAGGAGUACUUCAGGAAGAGAUUCAGAGAUGUGAAGCAGGCCAGCAGAAUCAUCUCCCACAUCAAGACCUCACGAAGCCUCCACAUCAUGUGUCACAUCCCAGUCUUCUGCUGGAUCACUGCUACAGUUCUGGAGGACGUGUUGAAGACCAGAGAGGGAGGAGAGCUGCCCAAGACCCUGACUGAGAUGUACAUCCACUUCCUGGUGGUUCAGUCCAAAGUGAAGAAGGUCAAGUAUGAUGGAGGAGCUGAGACAGAUUCACACUGGAGUCCAGAGAGCAGGGAGAUGAUUGAGUCUCUGGGAAAACUGGCUUUCGAGCAGCUGCAGAAAGGUAACCUGAUCUUCUAUGAAUCAGACCUGAGAGAGUGUGGCAUCGACAUCAAAGCAGCCUCAAUGUACUCAGGAGUGUUCACACAGAUCUUUAAAGAGGAGAGAGGACUGUACCAGGACAAGAUGUUCAGCUUCAUCCAUCUGAGUGUCCAGGAGUUUCUGGCUGCUCUUCAUGUCCAUCUGACAUUCACCAACUCUGGAGUCAAUCUGCUGUCAGAAGAACUAACAACAUCAACACAGUUCUACCAGAGUGCUGUGGACAAGGCCUUACAGAGUCCAAAUGGACACCUGGACUUGUUCCUCCGCUUCCUCCUUGGUCUUUCUCUUCAGUCCAAUCAGACUCUCCUACGAGGCCUGCUGACACAGACAGGAAGUAGUUCACAGACCAAUCAGAAAACAGUCAAGUACAUCAAGAAGAAGAUGGAUGAGAAUCUGUCUCCAGAGAGAAGCAUCAAUCUGUUCCACUGUCUGAAUGAAUUGAAUGAUCGCUCUCUAGUGGAGCAGAUCCAACGGUCCCUGAGUUCAGGACGUCUCUACACAGAUGAACUGUCUCCUGCUCAGUGGUCAGCUCUGGUCUUCAUUUUACUCUCAUCAGAGAAAGAUCUGGACAUGUUUGACCUGAAGAAAUACUCUGCUUCAGAGGAGGCUCUUCUGAGGCUGCUUCCAGUGGUCAAAGCCUCCAAAACAGCUCUGCUGAGUGGCUGUAACUUGUCAGAGAGAAGCUGUAAAGCUCUGUCCUCAAUUCUCAGCUCUGAGUCCUCUACUCUGAGAGAGCUGUACCUGAGUAGCAACAACCUGAAGGAUUCAGGAGGGAAGCUGCUGUCGGCUGGACUUCAGAGUCCACACUGUAAACUGGAGACUCUCAGGCUGAGUGUCUGUAACCUGUCAGAGAGAAGCUGUGAAGCUCUGUCCUCAGUUCUCAGCUCAGAGUCCUGUAGUCUGAGAGAGCUGGACCUGAGUAACAACAACCUGCAGGAUUCAGGAGGGAAGCUGCUGUCAGCUGGACUUCAGAGUCCACACUGUAAACUGCAGAAUCUCAGGCUGAGUGUCUGUAACCUGUCAGAGAGAAUCUGUGAAGCUCUGUCCUCAGUUCUCAGCUCAGAGUCCUGUAGUCUGAGAGAGCUGGACCUGAGUAACAACAACCUGCAGGAUUCAGGAGGGAAGCUGCUGUCGGCUGGACUUCAGAGUCCACACUGUAAACUGGACACCCUCAGUCUGUCAGGCUGUCUGAUCUCAGAGGAAGGCUGUUCUUCUCUGGUCUCAGCUCUGAGCUCCAACCCCUCCCAUCUGAGAGUGCUGGACCUGAGCUACAAUCAUCCAGGAGACUCAGGAGUGAAGCUGCUGUCAGCUGGACUUAAGGAUCCACUCUGGAGACUGGACACUCUCAGGGUGGAGCCUGCUGGAGUCAAAUGGUUGACACCAGGUCUGAGGAAGUAUUCCUGUGAACUCACACUCGACACAAACACAGUGAACAGAAAACUCAAACUGUCUGACAACAACAGGAAGGUGACACGUGUGGAGGAGGAGCAGCCAUAUCCUGAUCAUCCAGAGAGGUUUGACUCCUGGCAGCUGCUGUGUAGAGAUGGUCUAACUGGUCGCUGUUACUGGGAGGUUGAGAGGAGAGGAGAUGUUUAUAUAUCAGUGAGUUACAGAGGAAUCAGGAGGAGAGGACGCAGUGCUGACUGUGUGUUUGGAGGUAAUGGUCAGUCCUGGAGUCUGUUCUGCUCUGAUGAUGGUUACUCUGUCUGGCACAAUAAGAGAGAAACAGUCCUCCCUCUCUCCUCUGUCUCUGGUAGAGUAGCAGUGUAUGUGGACUGUCCUGCUGGCUCUCUUUCCUUCUACACAGUCUCCUCUGACUCACUGAUCCACCUCUAUACCUUCAACACCACAUUCACUCAGACUCUCUAUCCUGGGUUUGGGAUACGGUUUGGGUUAGGGUCCAGGUUAUUUGGUGCCUCAGUGUCUCUGUGUCCUGUGGAGGAUGGAGAGUCUCCUCCUGUGAAGAGAACCAGAACCAGUUGA